AUGUCUGCCCCGGCCUUCCUCGUCGAGCACGUCGCCAAGCGCACGACGGCCCCCUCGACAUCUGAGAGGCCACACAUUACUCUCACAUGGGCGCAGAGUCUCGACAUGAAGAUUGCCGGCCCCGGAGGCGCGCGGGUUACGCUCUCUGGGCCAGAGAGUAUGCUCAUGACACAUUGGCUGCGCACCAUGCACGACGCGAUUCUCAUCGGCGUCCAGACCGUCAUCAUGGACGACCCAAGGCUGAAGAUCCAGCAGGUUCCUCAGGAUGACCCGACCCUCCUCCCUCCUCAGCCUCUCGUUCUCGACCCAAAGCUCCGCAUGCCGCCGACGGCCCGCAUGCUCUCCGAGUGGAUGAACAACAAGGCGGGAAACACGACCGCCGCAGGACCACAGCUCGUGCGACAGCCGUGGAUCAUUUGCGGCCAGGACGCAGACGACGCCAAGGCCAAGGCUCUUGAGGAAGCUGGUGCGCGCAUUGUGCGCGUGGAGCUCCACGAGAAUGGCUACAUUUCGCCCACGACGUUCCCGACUGUGCUCCGCGACCUCGGGCUUCGCUCCGUGAUGAUUGAGGGCGGUUCGCGCGUGCUGUCUUCCUUCCUCCAUGCGCCUAACCGUGCUGACGGCACUCCCGUCGUGGACAGCGUCGUGGUCACUGUUGCGCCAAUGUUCAUCGGCGAGGGCAUCAGUGUUGUGCCUCCUGGAGCGGACGUCGGCCUGCCUGGCCUCACCUUUGUCCACACCGAGACCAUGGGCAAGGACGCGGUCAUGGUCUGCACUCUUGCCGCAUAA